AUGGUUUCCGCAUCCAAGGCCGCCCGCCAGGCAAAACGUGCCGCAGAGGUAAACUCGAAGAACGCCUCUCAAGCUUCGUCUGUCAAUGGCGAUGCGGUGGAUGAUACCAAUCUUGUCGAUGAGCCAGCCACCAGCGCCGCCAAAAUGUCUGAUGUCAAAAAGUUGACAGAACAGAUGGAUAAGCACGGUUUAUCUGACCGCGUCACGACCGGGGUGUUGUCAUCGCUUGCCGCCAGUCGGGACGUCAAAAUUACUUCAGCAUCUCUCGUUUUCCACGGCCGUGUCCUGAUUACCGAUACCACCCUAGAGCUCAACUAUGGUCGCCGAUACGGCCUGCUCGGUGAGAACGGGUGCGGCAAAUCCACACUUUUGAAAGCUAUCGACAAGAGAGAAUUCCCCAUCCCCGAACACAUUGAUAUCUACCUGCUGAAUGAGGGUGCACCACCGAGCGAGCUUGGCGCCUUGGAAUGGGUUGUUAGAGAGGCGGAAAACGAAAUGGACAGGCUAGAUAAACUAGCUGAAGAAAUUCUAGAGAAAGACGGACCAGAGAGCCCUAUUCUUGAGGACCUUUACGAGCGUAUGGAAACUAUGGACCCGUCGACGUUUCAUACCAGAGCCUCCUUGAUCCUCACUGGUUUGGGUUUUAACAAGCACACUAUUACCAAGAAGACAAAGGACAUGUCCGGUGGUUGGAGGAUGCGUGUUGCGCUCGGAAAAGCUUUGUUUGUGAAGCCAUCAUUGCUCCUACUCGAUGACCCAACUGCCCAUCUCGACUUGGAGGCUUGUGUGUGGCUAGAAGAAUACCUGAAAAAAUGGGAUCGUACGCUCAUACUCGUUUCACACAGUAUGGACUUUUUGAACGGUGUUUGCACAACUAUGAUCGAUAUGCGUCAAAGGCAGUUGGUGUAUUAUGGUGGUAACUACGACACGUACCACAAGACUCGUUCCGAAAACGAGACCAACCAGAUGAAGGCCUACCAUAAGCAACAAGAAGAAAUUGCACACAUUAAAAAAUUCAUCGCGUCUGCCGGAACAUACGCCAACCUUGUACGACAAGCCAAGUCGCGUCAAAAGAUCCUGGACAAAAUGGAGGCCGAAGGAUUUAUCCAGCCAGUCAUCCCGGAUAAAGUUUUCACAUUCCGUUUCGCGGAUGUUGAGAAACUACCCCCACCCGUUCUCUCCUUCGACGACGUGACAUUCUCUUAUAGCGGAGAGUCGAAAGACAACCUCUACGAGCAUCUCGACUUUGGUGUUGACAUGGAUUCUAGAACUGCCUUGGUCGGACCUAACGGUGUUGGAAAAUCCACUCUUCUUCGUCUCAUGACCGGUAAACUAAGCCCGACGUCUGGCACUGUCACGCGUCAUACCCAUUUGAAGCUGGGAUUGUACAGUCAGCACUCCGCAGAACAGCUCGAUCUCACGAAAUCCGCUCUUGAUUUUGUCAGAGACAAAUACAAGGAAAAGUCGCAGGACUAUCAAUACUGGCGCCAGCAACUUGGUCGAUAUGGGCUUACUGGUGAAGCUCAGACAGCCUUGAUGGGCACUCUGUCUGAGGGCCAAAAGAGCAGAAUCGUCUUUGCCUUGCUUGCCAUUGAUGGGCCCAACAUGCUUCUCCUCGACGAACCAACCAACGGUCUUGAUAUUCCUACUAUCGAUAGUUUGGCAGAUGCUAUUAACGCGUUUAGUGGAGGUGUUGUGGUCGUCUCCCACGAUUUCAGGUUGCUUGAUAAGAUCGCCAAGGACAUCAUGGUUUGCGAAUACAAGACUGUUCGCCGGUGGGACGGCACUAUUGGCGAAUACAAGACUCACUUGAGGAAAAAGAUGAUUUCCGCUGGGCAGGUUUAA